AUGGCGGAUGUUCAGAUGGGUGAAGUUGAGACCUUUGCAUUUCAGGCUGAGAUCAACCAGCUUCUCAGCCUCAUCAUCAACACCUUCUACUCCAACAAGGAGAUCUUCCUUCGCGAACUCAUCAGCAAUGCCUCUGACGCAUUGGAUAAGAUUCGAUUCGAGAGCCUCACGGACAAGACCAAGCUGGACGUCAAGCCUGAGCUUUUCAUCAGGCUCGUCCCUGACAAGACCAACAAGACCCUCUCCAUUAUCGACAGCGGCUUUGGAAUGACCAAAGCAGAUUUGGUGAACAAUUUGGGCACCAUUGCGAGGUCCGGGACGAAGGAAUUCAUGGAGGCGCUGCAGGCAGGUGCUGAUGUCAGCAUGAUUGGCCAAUUCGGUGUUGGUUUCUACUCUGCUUACUUGGUUGCAGAGAAGGUGAUUGUCACCACCAAGCACAACGACGAUGAGCAAUACAUUUGGGAAUCUCAGGCCGGUGGAUCAUUCACUGUUACUAGGGAUGUCAAUGGUGAACCACUUGGAAGGGGUACUAAGAUUACCUUGUUCCUCAAGGAAGACCAGUUGGAAUAUUUGGAGGAGAGGAGGAUUAAGGAUCUUGUGAGGAAACACUCGGAGUUCAUUAGCUACCCUAUCUACCUUUGGACUGAGAAGACAACUGAGAAGGAGAUCAGCGACGAUGAAGAUGACGAGUCUAAGAAGGUGGAGGAAGGAGACGUUGAGGAAGUUGAUGAAGAGAAGGAGAAGGACUCCAAGAAGAAGAAGAAGAUCAAGGAAGUCUCCCACGAGUGGCAACUCAUUAACAAGCAGAAACCUAUUUGGCUCCGAAAGCCUGAGGAGAUUACCAAGGAGGAGUAUGCUUCCUUCUACAAGAGCCUCACCAACGACUGGGAAGACCAUUUAGCUGUGAAGCAUUUCUCAGUGGAGGGUCAGCUUGAGUUUAAGGCCAUUCUAUUUGUUCCAAGAAGGGCACCUUUUGAUCUGUUUGACACUAGGAAGAAGAUGAACAAUAUGAAGCUCUAUGUGAGGAGGGUGUUCAUCACGGACAACUGUGAGGAGCUCAUCCCUGAGUACCUUGGAUUUGUCAAGGGUGUUGUUGACUCUGAUGACUUGCCCCUCAACAUCUCUCGUGAGAUGCUGCAGCAGAACAAAAUCUUGAAGGUGAUCAGGAAGAAUCUAGUGAAGAAGUGCAUUGAGAUGUUCAAUGAAAUCGCAGAGAACAAGGAAGACUACAACAGGUUCUAUGAUGCUUUCUCCAAGAACUUGAAGUUGGGUAUCCAUGAGGAUAGCCAGAACAGAGCCAAGCUGGCUGAUUUGCUUAGGUACCAUUCUACUAAGAGUGGAGAUGAGAUGACAAGCUUGAAGGAUUAUGUUACGAGGAUGAAGGAAGGUCAGAAGGAGAUUUACUACAUCACUGGAGAGAGCAAGAAGGCUGUUGAGAACUCCCCGUUCUUGGAGAGGCUAAAGAAGAAGGGGUAUGAGGUUCUGUUCAUGGUGGAUGCCAUUGACGAGUAUGCUGUUGGACAAUUGAAGGAGUACGACGGGAAGAAGAUGGUGUCUGCUACAAAGGAAGGAUUGAAGCUUGAUGAUGACAGCGAGGAAGAGAAGAAGAAAAAAGAGGAGAAGAAGAAGUCGUUUGAGGAGCUCUGCAAGGUGAUGAAGGAGAUGUUGGGGGACAAAGUAGAGAAGGUGGUUGUCUCAGAUAGGAUUGUGGAGUCGCCAUGCUGUGUGGUGACAGGUGAAUAUGGUUGGAGUGCAAACAUGGAGAGGAUCAUGAAGGCUCAGGCACUGAAGGAUAACAACAUGAGUGGGUACAUGUCCAGCAAGAAGACCAUGGAGAUCAAUCCAGACAAUGGAAUCAUGGAAGAGCUGAGGAAGAGGGCUGAAGCUGACAAGAACGACAAAUCAGUGAAGGACCUCGUGUUGCUUCUGUUUGAGACAGCACUCUUGACUUCUGGCUUCAGCCUUGAUGAUCCCAACACUUUCGCUGCCAGAAUCCACAGGAUGCUCAAGCUGGGUCUCAGUAUUGAUGAGGAGGACACUGGUGUGGACGAAGAAAUGCCGGCAUUGGACGACGAGGGUGCUGAGGAGAGCAAGAUGGAGGAAGUGGACUAA